CUCUCUUUUAUCCUGCCUUCGUUUAGUUGUCGAAUGAAGAAGGUUGAAUUGCAAGCCACACGCUUUUCGGGAAAGCGAUCAAUCUGUGGGCGUACCUUGUGCUUCACUGUCCGCCGUCAAAGUCCUCGAUUGUGCCUCUCGUAUCCCCACACUAACUGCACCACCACAUGCUAAAGCAACCAUGGGCAAGCCGCGGAUGAUCAUAUUGAUCCGACAUGCUCAAUCAGAAGGAAACAAAAAUCGAGAGAUCCAUCAAACCAUCCCGGAUCACCGGGUUAAACUCACCUCGGAAGGACACCGUCAGGCUCUGGAAGCUGGGAGCAAGUUACGCGCCCUCCUCCGGCCCGAUGACACGAUACAUUUCUUCACAUCACCCUACCGUCGCACUCGUGAAACCACAGAGGGUAUCCUCCAGUCCCUGACUUCGGACUCGCCAUCACCUUCCCCGUUCCCUCGCCAUACAAUCAAGGUCUAUGAGGAGCCUCGAUUACGAGAGCAGGACUUUGGCAACUUCCAGCCUUGUUCGGCGGAGAUGGAACGGAUGUGGCUGGAACGCGCAGACUACGGACAUUUCUUUUACCGGAUACCCAACGGCGAGUCUGCCGCCGAUGCGUACGAUCGCGUUAGUGGGUUCAAUGAAUCACUUUGGCGACUGUUUGGAGAGAACGACUUUGCUAGUGUCUGCGUGCUGGUAACGCAUGGGUUGAUGACGAGGGUAUUUCUUAUGAAGUGGUAUCAUUGGAGCGUGGAGUACUUUGAAGACCUCCGCAACAUCAACCAUUGCGAAUUCGUUAUCAUGAAACUCAAUCCAGACAACGGUAAGUAUGUACUUCAAAACCAGCUCCGGACAUGGUCCGAUCUGCGCAAGGAGAAAGAGCUCGAGAGACAGCAUGAACGCGCAGCCAAGGGUCUCAGCCCUACGCAGCCCGCUACGCCAUCGGAGACAACGCCGGUGCCGAUCAGACGCAAAUGGGGCGGCUGUCCCGAGGGGUGCAAUCAUGGCAUUCGAAGAGGUAAUUCUCUCCGUUCGUCCCGAGCACAUGCACAAGAACAGCCCAAGCUGCACGUGGAUACGUCAUCUCCUGUCUCCAGAAAGACAAGCGACCCCAAACACAACCCAGACAACACCAACGCUGACCACGGUACUUCGCCAACUACAACUUCGACAGAGCCCGCCGCGCAUGGGGAACCACACAUGAUCACGGCCCCCGAGCCAGCACUUGGAGAUCGCUCGAGGGAUGUUCGACCUCUAGAGAGGACGCACCCCGCUCCCUCGCCUAAGUAUGAGUUCCAUGGCACGCAACUGGAACUUGAGAUCUCAAGCGCAAGCUCAUCACUACCCAUUCGAACCACGACUUUGAAGGACACAACCCAUAUCUCUGACCAUCCGUUCCCCUCGUCAACCCAUUCCAGCCCCAGCCCAAGCUCGAAGCCAGUUCAUCGCCGGCCAGACCUCCGGCAUUUCCACCGUGACAGCGAAGACCACCUUCUCCAUCCACCCCGCUCGAACUACGCCUACCUGCACCUCGUCGGCCGUGACGGCGGCGGCUCCCUGAGCGGAGCGAACAGCCUCGCACCAUCCGAGGACGAGCGGGAUGACAAGCACGAGUAUCAGCAUUACCACCCCCACCACAAUCAAGAGCACCAGCACGAAUCCUACCAAUCAGCCCCAGAAGCCCGUCCGCGCUCCGCCUCGACCUCCAACCACCCCCAUUCCCACCCACAUCACCACACCCACCGCCCCGACCCCUCUCGCAAACCAUCCCAAGACCUUGGCAACGACGGCGACGACGAGAGCAGCAGCAGACAGAACGAUCGGCCUCGACGCACCCGGUCCCACAACUACCACCACCACCCCCACAUCUCCACCACCUCCAGCGGCCGUCGAGCCAUUCAAGCCAAACGAGUAGCCAACAUCCUGACCGAACACCAACCGCAACCCCAAUACCAACAACACGACACCGAAUCCGAGUAUUACUCCGAAGAGCAAUGCACCACCUGCGCGACGGAGCACACCCAGCACAUCUACGAAGGCAGCAACCACAACCACAGCCACAGCCCCGCCCACGACGGACACGAGAACGAAGACGAAUCGAACGAGCACCCAGACACGACCCGUGAAGUCGACCACGACGACGCCCUAGACGCCCAACGCCGCGAAGACCAGAGUAUAAGAGGAAGCGUAUACUAAUUGUGUUACCGGGACGAACGGUCCCUGCAUCUAUCGC